AUGGAGAAAUACGACGACCUGGGUCUGGAAGCCAGCAAGUUCAUCGAAGACCUCAACAUGUACGAGGCCUCCAAGGACGGGCUCUUUCGGGUGGACAAAGCUGCCGGCAACAACCCCGAGUUCGAGGAGACCAGGCGGGUCUUCGCCACCAAAAUGGCCAAGAUCCACCUCCAGCAGCAGCAGCAGCAGCAGCAGCCCUCGACCGCCCGGCCCCCUCCAGCACCCUUGGCGGGGACAGAGGAGGGGGCUCCAGGGGCCCUGCCGCAGCAGAGGUCCUCCUCCUUCUCGACCCCCUCGGUGCAGCCCACCCGUGCGUUUUCGGGCCCUGCUGACGCCUGCGGUCCCAGGGUCGGAGAGGAUGGCAGCCAGCUGUGGUACCAGGGCGUCCCGCUGUCCUUCCCCCCCAGCUCUGCACCCACUGCCCCGAGUGUGGACUACCAGCAUGCCGCCGCCUACCCCAGCCCAGCCGGCCACUUCGUGGCCCGCGGUCAAAAUCACCGUCCCAAUGGCAGCAGCGGCAUGAGCCCUGAGCUGGGCUCCUCACGCCUGAUCUCACGCGGGCCGACGGCUCCAGAUGCUCCACAGCCGCCUUUCCCGGAGGGAGUGAGUGGCCUGCGGUCAGACGCCGGGCACCUGGAGGGCUCCAGCACGGCGAAGGUGAAGCUGCCCUGCCAAACCCUCCUUCCGCAGCCGGAGCAAGGGCCAUCAGCGGCUGAGCUGAAGCUGGAGGCACUGACCCAGCGCCUGGAGCAGGAGAUGGAUGCUCGGCCAAAGGCCGAUUACUUUGGCACCUGUGUGAAGUGCAACAAGGGGGUGUAUGGAGCCAACCAGGCUUGCCAGGCCAUGGGCAACCUCUACCACGACGGCUGCUUCACCUGUGGAGCCUGCAGUCGAAAGCUGAGAGGAAAAGCCUUUUAUUUCGUCAAUGGCAAGGUGUUCUGUGAAGAAGAUUUCCUGUAUUCUGGUUUCCAGCAGUCAGCUGACAGGUGUUUCAUUUGUGGUCAUUUGAUAAUGGACAUGAUCCUGCAGGCUCUAGGGAAAUCAUAUCAUCCAGGCUGCUUCCGAUGCGUGGUCUGCAACGAGUGUCUGGAUGGUGUGCCAUUCACCGUAGACGCUGAAAACAAAAUCUACUGCGUCAGAGAUUACCACAAAGUUUUAGCUCCAAAGUGUGCAGCAUGUGGACUUCCCAUUCUGCCCUCCGAGGGGUCCGAUGAGACUAUUCGGGUUGUGUCCAUGGACAAGGAUUACCAUGUGGAAUGUUACCACUGUGAGGACUGCGGCAUGGAACUGAACGACGAAGACGGGCAUCGCUGUUACCCGCUAGAUGAACAUUUGCUUUGUCACUCCUGUCAUCUGAAACACAUAGAGAACGGCACUACCCCAGCAGCUGUGUACCAGCACCGCUAUUAGCCAGUGUGGCCGACUUGGGAAAGCCCGGACAGAAGACUUGUUACGUGAUCUCCCUCUCCCCACCCUCAGUUGAUUUCCUGUGCAUGUUUUUCACCAGUCGGGAAUGUUCCUGUGAAAGGAUAUGAGAGAUUUUUGCUGGAUUCCCAGAGUCUCUAUGCUUGUGAGUUCCAGCGGUAUCAAACCAUGUCUACUUGACCAAGAAUGUGGCGUGUUACCUAAACUGAUCAGUUUACUUUUACGUGCCUUUUUCUGCUCUCUGGAGAGUCCUCUUGGCUCAUUAUGGAAGAUUCUUCAGUGAAAGCACAACUUGAUGUCGUGCCUAUGAACUCAGAUUGUGCCACGCACAAUUAAAAAGCCAGAGGCUGGCUUGCUCACCUGCCUGCCAGGGACAUCCCGUCAGUCUACUAAGUGUUUUCUGACAAGCACAUUUCAUCAGACUCCCUGAAGGACAUCAACCUAUUAAUACCAGUUUUUAGAUACUCUCUCUCUUAUUAUUAAUGCUUUAGGAAAAGAAAAGAAAGGGGUCUGUGCAGAAUGGCACACUCAGACCUUCUAGUUAAUUCUCCAAACUCUGGCAUCCAAGUCUGUCUGUAAAAGCACCAACUCUCCAAGCACAAACCAGGCGUGCUGGCUGGCAGGUGGAGGCCGACAUCCCAUUUCAAACAGAACAAAAAACUGGAACAAGCUAGGCUAUGCUACCACGGUGACUUGGGGCCUGGGCUUGCAUGUCAGCGUGAUACACAGGGGCCAAUCUGGUGUGUCAGAGUCUGAGUAGCAGAUUAUAUAUGGAAAGGAAAUGUCGGGAUGCUGAAAGUGUGGACACUGGGGAAAUCCAGCCUCAUUCUUGCUUGCAGAGCUUGCUUUGGAAAAAAGCUCUCUGUGCACAGACACUUGCAGUUUUUCAGCUUGUCCCCACAGCUCAGCCCCCAGCCUGGCCACUCCUUUCUGUGGUGUUUACCCAGCGCAAAGCCAUUUCAUAACGGUGCUUAUUUAGAGCUCUGGGAACAAACUCGAGAUCGUUACAAAGGCUUUGUUACGCAGGGAUUUAGAGCCCAGCUCCACAACCUGUACUCAAAUGAGUAUGUUGGUAUAAACAGAUUUGCUGCCAUGAAUAAUAACAGCUUAUCUGAGCAAGGGGUUAGGGAGUUUGGCCCUCGCUUUCUGUUCUGCUGAGAAAGCAGAAAGGCAGAUCUUUUCUCUUUUUGACCCCCCCUACUUCAUAGUCAAAGAAAUCUGCUCCCCCAGUAUGUGUUACAUAUAAGAUAGAUGUGCCUGCAGCGCAUGUUCUGUAGGUACCAAAGCUGUGCAUCCCCUCAUGUACAGGUACAAAGCUUUUUUUUAAUAAGAAGCUUUUAAUUUAAAGUCUCAGAUGCAGCCAGGGAUCUUAGCUACCCUUUCCAACAUAUUGUCUGGAAAACUAGUUAAAUCCUGAUGUGUCCAUGCUAAAGAUGUAAUGUCAGUUCUGAUUGAUAGAGGACGGGAUGACCUUGAAGAUCAUUUUAGUGAGGAAACGAUGAUAAAUUAGCUGAACAGUGGCACUGGGACUCCCGAUGUGAGCCUGUGCCCAGAACCCACUAAGGUUCAACCAAACCUCUUUUCCCGUAGCAUGAAUGUAGCUAGAUAGGUGCUGAAACUUCACACCAUGUAGUCAGACUGCCUCAUGUACCCAUCUGGAACAGCACAGGGGCCAGCUGCAGCAAGCUGCCCACCUCUGCCCGUGAUAAUAAAUACCAUGGGCCUCCGUUUUGAGUGGUGCAAGUUGCCGUGCUGAGAAUUACACGGAGGCACAAGCAUCUGCUGUAAAACAGAUGAAGACCAGUGGCCUGUUAGCACUCUCCGACGCAUCUGUGUCGGCUUGCCUUGGCUGAACUGUGAACGUCUUAAACUGCCCAAGCCUUGGGAGCUUGGUGGUUUUGGCGUGGAGUUUCAUCGGGCCGGCAGACCAUCCAGCCUUCUGCCCCACAGGUUGGUCCUGUGCUGGAAACCAUCCAGAGCCCCAGCUUUGGUGUAGUUUGGCUCUGCAGUGCUGUUUCUCCUGGGGACACGCAACCCCUCAGUGAGUGACCAGAAGCUCAAGGUGGGGGAACUUUCCCACUGCAGUAUACAUGGCUCUGGGGCAUAUAUAAUUCGGUGAGUUUCAUCUGUGAUUUUAGAGGAGGUAAAAUUGACCCCAAGUAUGCGAGCUUCCUGGAGCCUUACAUUUGGCCUCCAAAUGCUGGAUAGGGAAGGGAUGGGAACUGACACAAAAUACAACUGGUGCUGCAUCCAGGCAGUAUGGAAUGGGACAACGGAA